AAAACCCAAAUCCCACGUCAUAAAAUUGGGAGAAACCUCAUAUAGUCCGACAUUUUUUACCCCAAAAAUCCAAAAUACAAUAAUUAAAAUUAAAAAAAAAAUCAUCAAUCAAAGAAGGGGAAGAAGAAGAAGAUGAUAGUAUUGAAAAGUUCAGAAGGAGAAAUAUUCGAAGUGGAAGAACGUGUUGCAAUGGAAUUUAGUAUAAUAAAAGAUAUGUUUGGAGAGGAUUGUUCUGGUAUUACUCUUCCUUUAUCAAAUGUUCCCAGCAACAUUCUUUCUAAAGUCAUUCACUAUUGCAAGAAGCAUGUUGAAUUUCAAUCAAAAUCAAAUGAUGAUGACGUGGCUUCUGGAGAUGAUGAUGAUGAUCUGAAAUCUUUUGAUUCCGAGUUUGUUAAAGUUGAUAAGCAUACCCUUUUAGACCUCAUUCAGGCUGCUAACUAUCUCAACAUUAAGAGCUUGCUGGACUUGACAUGCAAUACUGUGUCUGACUUAAUUAAGGGGAAGACUCCACGAGAAAUUCUCAACUUCUUCAAUUUCAAUAAUGAACUCACCCCCGAGGAGGAAGAGAAGAUCCGCAGGGAGAAUGCCUGGGCUUUUGACUAAAUCAAGUUUAAGCUAAAUCUAUCUUAUUAUGCUAGUAGUAGUAUAUAAUAUGGGGUCUUUUCUGCGUUGCUUAGUAGCAAACAUCUAACAUUUUUUUUAAUGUGGUCUCUACCUUGGGUAAAGGUUCACCCCGGUGAAUAUAAAAGGGUGUCGACCAAUUCUCCUAAUGGAAGGUUGAUAAAGACUUUUAUUGGAGACGAUAGUCGAACUAGGGACCUAUACCGUCUUUAUUGUAGUGUCUUAAACUUAUCUUUUGCCACCUGUUCAGAGGUUUAGAAGCUUGUUUUCUUAAUUUUUAA